GACGAGUACUAACAUGGAAAUCUUAAAAUUGUUACUACAUAUCGGCCUAAUAUUGGCCACAAUCACGGACUAUAUUAUCGCUGAUAAAACAAAAUUUAUCUAUCGCUUACCCGUUAACGCAAUACCAGUUGAUUAUAACAUUAGUCUGAUUAUUCCGCAUCUCAAAGAAGGCAAUACUUUUCAUGGUGAAACCAGUGUCACCGUCAACAUUGUUUACGCAUCCUUUUACAUAAGCUUACACUCGCAAGAAUUAGAAAUAAAUAAAACGGCGACAACGUUGAUAAACGACUCUAUAAUCUAUAAACCGACAGCACAUACUUAUGACGAUGAAACGAAUAUAUUGACGCUACAUUUCGAGAAUGAAUUGUAUCGCGGUAAUUACACCCUAAACAUGAAGUUUGCUGGUAAUUUUUCUCAGAGUGGUGUUCUAGACAAUGGUUUUAUAAAAAUUCCAUACACAGAUAAGAAAGGAAACAGGACGUUGGCCGCAACGUUUUUCUCGCCAAAUAAUGCCAGACGAAUGUUUCCAUGUUGGGACGAGCCAGCGAUAAAAGCUUAUUUCAUGAUCUCCGUGAUGCAUCGUCAAGAAUACAGGGUAUUGUCGAAUUGGCCGAUACGAGAGAAGUACAAUGUAGAAAAUGGCAUGAUGUGGACACACUUUGAUCGCACUUUUACAAUGUCCGCUUAUCUCGUGGGAAUUGUGAUUGUAUCUAAUUUCGUUCGCAUUGGAAACGUGGAAAGAUUCGCAGAAACUUAUUUCAGUAAAGAUCCAAAAGCUUUGUCAAGGAUUAUAAAGCUGUUAGAAAAUCGUAAAAAUAAUCUUAAAGAGUCCGCAGAUAUUUUUACAAAGCGAUUUGGAAGAAAUCAAACUUAA